AAGGGAGGAGGGGGUUGAGUUUAUACCAGUCACAUAUUAUUUUUUCACAGACACGUAUGCAUCGAAGAAGGGGGUUAUUGACAUUGGCACACACAUAGAUGCCUGUGGCAGUAACGAUACCCAGCUAUCAGCUCCGCAUCUACGCUUCGCUCUUCUUCAUUGCCAAGGCGAAGAAAACCACCAUGGCCAGCACUAGCAAUUCUGGGGCCUUCACCACAAUUCAAGAGACCGUCACCUUCGAGAAAGAGAUCAAGAAAAGCAAGUUCAUCGCCAUCGCUGGCCCCAUCUCCGACGACAAGUCCGCCAUGUCUUUCCUUUCCCAGGUCCGGGAUCCACGUGCUACCCACAAUUGCUGGGCUUAUAAGGUGGGGGGUCAAUGCCGGUCCAAUGAUGAUGGUGAGCCUUCAGGAACAGCUGGGAAACCAAUACAAUCUGCUAUUGCUUCUUCAGGAAUAGAUAGACUCAUGGUGGUUGUGAUCAGGUAUUUUGGAGGUAUCAAAUUAGGAACCGGUGGAUUGGUUAGGGCUUAUGGAGGAGUUGCAUCAGAAUGCCUGAGGAAUGCGCCAACGUGCCUUGUGAAAGCAAAGGUGUCAAUGGGUAUAGAGGUCCCCUUUGAUCUACUUGGAGUUCUCUACCAUCAGCUGCAGUCUUUUCACGUCCAAGACAUCAAGCAGGAUUAUGAUACCGGCAAAGAUGGCAUAUCUAUGGUUACUUUUAAAGUUGAUUUUGACCAAGUUGAGAAAUUGGAGGAUGCAUUGAAAUCCAAUUGUAGCCGAGAAUUGAAGUUUUAUAAGCGUUAAGACUUUGAGACAGGAGUUUUUUUAUUUUAUUUUCCUUAUACAUGGUUGGGAUUAACUUGAGACAAGAUGUAUAUUCAUCUGAGGAUGUGGUUAAUGGGACAUCCACAGGCUCAGUGUAUAAAAUUUUGUGGCUAAGUACAUCCUUGCCGCUAAUAGGACUAAUUUGCAGAUAAGAAAUCUAACUGAUUUACAGAAUGAUUUUAAGAAGUAUUAGUAAUUUACUAAUUAUGUUACAUAGUUCGUAAAUUCAGUAGAAAUUUGUACAGAUCUAUAUCUAUAUAGAAAACACAUUUGUU